GGAUCACCCACUUCACUACUUUUCAAAUCCAUUCUAUUCACACAAUAUUACCAAGUACCUUGAAUUUUUCAAUACCAAAAUUAUUUAUGCGCUUGCAAUAUAUAUACUAGUCAUAACUACUUUGUCUCUUAAUUUUCAAAUGCUUUCCAUAGAUUGUUUUUGUCAAAGAGUUCUUGCAAGCAUAUAUAGCAAUAAAUCAAAUCAAAUGAAAGAUGGAAUUCACAUAUGCAUACACUUACUAUGCUCUUAUAAUGCAAAAUCAAUAUUAGCAUAAAGUUGCACGUAUAUUUUUUUUGGUGGUGGUCGAGGUUGAACCCCGAACCUUGCAUAUAUUAUGGAAGGUGUCUUUUCCCUUCCUGUAGCCGUCAGAACGGAAUUUAUCCAUUCUCUAAUGCAAUCUCUCGGAUGCUCUUACAUUUGUCUUUGGGCAUAUGAUAUCAUGUUAUCAAAUCGUUUGUCCUUCUUGGAUGGUUUCUACAAUGUGAUAAAUGACCAAUUACCAAGUUCUUCUUUGGGGAGUGUAGCACAACAGCUUUUUAAUCAGUACAGAAUUUUAUCAUUUGAUGUCAAUGAUGACCGUGUUCCUGGACUAGCUUUUAGGAAUCAACGUCCCUACUUAGAGCUACAACAAUUGGAACUUCUUACACUGUCAUCAACAGAAAUACAGACACAAUUCUACCAGGAAGCAAGGAUUAAGACUGUUGUUUUCAUGGGGUGCAACAAAGGAGAAAUUGAGCUUGGGUUCUUAAAUAUGUCUCAAGCGGAUAUUCAAACAGCACUUAGCAGUUUAUUUCCCGAAGAUUUUUCAAGACAGACACAACAAAUUAAUCAUAAUCCACCUUCAUCAUCUUCAUCUUCAAUGAGAUCAUUAUCAACAGCAGGUAGUCCUGAAUACUCAUCUCUCAUAUUCAACAUUCCACCUGGAACUUCUCCACCUCAAUUUUCACCUGAUCUUACCCAACUUGGAGGAGUAAAUAUUCCACCAAUGAGACCUGUUUCAAACACACUACUACCUCUUCAACUUCAACAAUUACCUCAAAUCACACCAACACAAUUAUACCCUACAACACAAAUUGAGAAUGAUGUAAUAAUGAGAGCAAUCCAAAAUGUUCUAUCUACACCCCCUUCUCAUCAACAUCAACCUCAGCAAAAUUAUGUGGCACAUCCAGAAGCUAGUGCAUUUGGAAGGUAUAGACAUGAUAAAAGUCCUAAUAUAGGGUCAAAUUUUAGAAGACAAAGUUUGAUGAAGAGAUCAUUUGCAUUCUUUAGAAGCUUGAAUUUGAUGAGAAUGAGAGAUCGAAAUCAAGCUGCACGACCCUCGAGUAAUCAACUUCAUCAUAUGAUAUCAGAGCGACGAAGACGAGAGAAGCUUAAUGAGAAUUUUCAAGCACUUAGAGCAUUACUUCCUCAAGGAACAAAGAAAGACAAAGCUUCCAUACUGAUAACAGCAAAGGAGACAUUGAGAUCUUUGAUGGCUGAAAUUGACAAACUAAGCAAAAGAAAUCAAGAGUUGAUGUCACAACAAUUACCAGCAGCAAAUAAAGAAUCUACAAAGACUAAAGAAAUUGUCAAAUUCUCAUCAUACGAAAGAUUAAACGUUCGAGUUUUGCAUGUAACGGGGUCGAGUUCAUCAGAAGAUGAAUCAAUGGUAGUGGACUUGCAAGUGAACAUGAUGGGACAAAUUUCUCAAGUUGAUGUAUUGAUUCGAUUAUUGGAAUUCUUAAAUCAAGAUCAACAUGUUAACUUGGUUUCAAUGGAUGCAACAAAUACAAAUCAUGCACCAGGGAAUGAUUUACUUCAUCAAAUAACCUUCAGGCUAAGGAUUACUCAGAUAAGUGAAUGGGACGAGGAAGCCUUCCAGGAAGCAGUGAGAAGAGUGGUUGCUGACUUGAUACAGUCCCAAGUGGACCAAAAUAAAUGACUCACAUGAUCACUUUGUUUAUUAUCUUUAAUUAAUUAAUUAUUCUAUGGUGGUAGCAAAUCAUUGAUGUAUCUGUAAGCCAAUUAUUCUUUUAAAAAAAAUGUGUAAGCCAAUUAUUAAAUUAGAUUUUUAUAUUAAUGAAAUUAGCUUCACUACCCCCA